AUGCGCAUCGACACCCUCCUCGCCAUUCUCGGCACAACAGCCCUCGCCGCCGCAGACGCACCAGCCGUAACACCCUUCCUCACACAACCAGGAUCCCAACCAACGACCCUCGUCCCACAACCAUCCUCCUCCUCCGCCAUCCCAGCGGUCCCCUUACCACCAGCAUCCUCCGCAGCAUGCGCAGCAACCCUCUCAACAACCACGACAUCCCGCCCCGGCAGAACCCGCACAAUCUCCCUCGCCCCCGUAAAGACAAACAUCUACCAAGAGUGCGGCGGCCUCCGACCCACGCCCAACCCGUGCCCCGCCAGCUUCGAGUGUAUCGACGACCCCUUCCGCAAGGGCUGCGGCCUGGCGUGCGAUCAGACUGGCAUCUGCGUCGUGCCCAUCAUGUGCGGCGGCAUCGCGGCCAUCAAGUGCCCCGCUGGCAAGUGGUGCGUUGAUGAUCCAAGAGAUGACUGUCACCCGCUUCAGGGGGGUGCCGAUUGUGCUGGGCUUUGCGUUUGA